UGUUUCUGUGUUGCAGGUAAAAUAUGUUGCUGUUAUGUUCAAGUUGUGUACAGCAUAUGCAUACAUUUAAGUAAACAGUUGCGCCGCAGUUAAUUUUAGGUUUUGCCUGAGACGAUGUGUAUCAGUUAUAAUAUGAACAUCAAAAUAACGAAAGUCAUGUGCCUAAUGGACAUAUAUGUAGAUGUGAAAAUGCGCUGGAGGUAAAAUAGAGGGGAAAAAAAGUGAAAUUAAUUUAGUUAAUCGGAGCCCAAAAGCUGCAUCCUGUCGCGAGGAUGUAGAUACACGGCCAGGCUGAGCAGGAUUAUAGUCUUCAUACUUUUUCCUGUAUGUAUAACAUGGUUGUAUGUGGGGAAGACUGAGCCAGCCCAAUUCCACAGGCUGCCCUGUACUCAGUGCUGCUUGAACCUUUUUAGGUCAGCCCAUUGGUGACGUGAUAAGAGGGGAGAUAGGAAAGUAAAGUUAUGCGGAAUAGCAAUAGAAACUUCUGGUCGGUCCCCAUUAAGUAUGAUUUGAUAUUAGAAAUUUGUCUGCAGCAACAGAUGUAAAUUUAGGAUCAUGAUUACAUUUGUCUGAUACUCAGUCUUGUCCACUGAACUAAAUCCGGGUUGAAUUAAGACAAGUAGCCUUGACUGUUGGAGUCUCCUUAACCCCUCCAUCGACAUCCAGUGGGCGGGCGAGUGAAGAGAUGAACUAAGCUGACAGCUGAUUGGUCAACCAGUUCAGAGUUUGCACCGAAUAACCUCGCUCUGCUUGGUUUGUUUACUAAUGGGGUAUUGGGCUUACUUCACCUUAACUCUGGCAGGGGUAGAGGUAUGUGAUAGAGUCCUGGUCAGGUUUGCCCUCUGCCUCGUAUCUGGUGGGAAUCAGCCUGCUUGUAGCUACGGGAAAUGCUCGUCGCAGCUACAUGCUGUACAUGAAGGGGACUGUGUCACUCAGGUAGACUCGCUCACCUGUAGCUCUCAGCACACCUGGGCCACUAUGAGGCCUUUUUAACAGCUCCACACUUGGGCACCCCUCAGCGACACCUAUCCGCCACCUUCCCAAGGACAGCUAGACCAUUUUCCCGUCCCAUAACCUGUGUGGGUUCAUUGUGGGAACACCAUGUUUUCUGCGUGUGCCCAAUUUCCCCGUAGCGGGAUGGAUGCUACAAAUGAUGUGUUUACGUGUCUGUUUGGCGACCUGUUUGUGAAAUGUUUUGAGGAGGUCAGCAGUAUAGACUCGGUAUCAAACCACCAUUAUUCACCUAUGCACCCACAGAGUGAGACGCCUCCACCGUUAAAAGGCCGUAAACAGAAAGAGGACAAGUACUGUGGUGUGUGUGGUGAUCGGGCGCUGGGUUAUAACUUUGACGCCAUAUCGUGUGAAUCGUGUAAAGCUUUCUUCAGGAGGAAUGCCCCUAAAGGUUUGGACUAUUUCAAAUGUCCAUAUGAGGAAAAGUGUAAGAUGGACGUGUCGAAUCGCAGAUUCUGCAAAAGAUGUCGUCUUCGAAAGUGCUUUGAAAUUGGGAUGCGUAAAGAAUACAUCCUAACAGAUGAAGAGAAAAAGCGGAAAAGAGAGCGAAUUGAAGAAAACAGGUAUCGAAAACAGCGCGAGGUUAGUUACCCGAAGGGCAGUUCCCCGUCCAUGCAGUCGGGAGAUGUUUCAACAUCGCAGCAGAAACUACGGCACAUGGAACAAGAGGAGUACCUCAUGAUCAACGAGAUUGUGGGUGCAUACCGUAUGUCACUAGAAGUCGGGGUCGAAUCAGACUACCCUCGUAACAACCCGUCCAUGAUUGACCUGGUGAACAUCGCUGAGCUGAGUGUGCGCAGGGUCAUCGAUAUGGCCAAGAAAAUCAAGGCGUUCAAGGCGCUCUCACAGAGUGACCAGAUCAGCCUUCUGAAAGGGGGCAGCAUAGAACUUCUUAUCAUCCGCUCCGUCAUAAACUUUGAUAAAGAGAAGCAGCAAUUCCUGGAUCCCUAUGAUAAGGAAACGAACGCCAUGUCCACAGAACAGUUGAAAAUGGGAGAAGGUGGUGGGCUAUUUGAGGAACACAUGAAAUUCGUGAAAUCGCUGGCUGUCGAUCUACGAGCUGACGAAACUGUUCUCAUCCUCCUGUUGGUUAUAUCCUUGUUUUCUCCUGAUAGGCCCAAUCUACUAGACAAAAGCUACGUGGCUUUUGAACAGGACAAAUAUGCCCUGCUGUUGCUACGCUACCUGGAGUCCAAGUACUCCGUGUAUACUGUAAAACUUCUGUACCCCAAACUGCUCAUGAAGCUCACAGACAUACGUAACCUGAAUGAGGAGCAUUCACAGGUAUUGCUGAAGGUGAAUCCUGAGGGAAUCCAGCCUCUUAUGAAGGAAGUGCUUGACCUCAAUUUACCUAGACCUUAGGACAACGGCCUCAAGGUCACGCUCCAUGUUGAUGUCUCGUUCAUUCUGUCACCGACACCAAUCACAGUGUCCUUGCCACAGCUCCAUGAUUGAUUGCCAAUCAGCCAUGCCCAAAGAGAAGAAAGAAAUUAGCUCAGCUGCAGACAGAUUAAGCCUUCCACCAUUUUUCCAACCCUGUUUUGUUGCUUUGACGCCUUGAUUGCUAAAAAAAAAAAGCAAUCCUAAGUAAGGACUGAAAAAUGGGUGAUGGUUUUAUAUGCAAAUUCACUUUAUAAAAGUGACCAGUACCUUGCCAACAAGAAGGGUCAUUUCGAGAAAGGGGAGGUCUAUCUGUUUUCAAGUUUUCGAGCCACCUUGUAAAAGUGAGUUGAGAAAUGUGUGUAUAUUUUACUUAAACCACCUGUGAAUACACGAGGAGUUAGUGCUCAGGUUUGAUGACAUAUUCACUUUCAGGUAGCACUCUAAUCAGAAGUUUGUGAUUAAACCAAGUUAUCCACCAGCAGCUUUGACUGUUGAUGCCUUAAAGUUGACUACUUGCACGUAGAUGCAGUCAGUAGUUUACAAACAUUAUAGUAAGUACUGCUGUGAGGUAGAUUGACAGCGUACAACAACGUGCCAUGGAAGAACUGUGUACAUAGUCAGCCGUGGUAGGAGGUGGUGAGAAGAGAUGGCAGUUGUGAUAUGUGAGUGGAACUGCCCCCCUGUGAUAGCCUGUGGUAACCAAGGGGAGUGAACUCCAGCUGACAUGUGAUGAACAGUGCUACUUCCACCAGUGCCUGCCAAUGUUGACCUGCCUCAGAUCUAAAAUAUGACCUCGGUGAAAUGACUUGAAGUAUUUGGGGAAUGCUCAGUUCUCCGUUCCUUUAUUAUAGCUUGGACUACUUUGUGUGCAUGUUUUGUUUUCCCUCAUGCCUGAGCAGGAGUGACAUAGAUACAUAAUGGUAGACAUGAUCCUGUAUUAACGUCAUUUUCCUGGAUUGGAAUUCCAGAAAUACUACGAAUUUUUAAUGCUUUUCUUUUUGAUUUCUGAAAUCACAAGGGCUGGUAAAUUCACCUUUUGUCUUUUUACUCUUUUGUCAGUAUUAUUAAUCUUGUUACAUACUGUUGUAUAAUUUGCUGUACAUCCAUGUAUAUCUCCAUUUUAUCAUCUACAAUAAUCCUGUACUGUUUAGUAAUGAAAAUAGAGAUGAUUAUUGAAUUAUUAAUCAUGCUAUUAGAAAUCAAGAGGUGAAUUUCUGGAUGAAAUUGUGUAAAAACUAUUUCACAAUCCAAAAACCUGCUCACAUCGAGUGCCACAUAAAUGAAAAUGAAACAUACUUGAGAAAAAUUUCCUGACUGUGAAAUGUCCAUGAUUAGCAUCAUAUUUGUUUUGUCGCACAACUAAAAUCUUGUUAAAAAAAAAAUCAAAACUGCACAGGAGGAAGAUUUUGUCAUAUUCGCACAAACUUGAUUUGGCAGAAGUUCAAUUUCCUGACACGACAAAGCGCAAUUCUACUUGAAAGAGGGAUUAUGGUUGUGUUAGAGCUGUCGCCGCCUGAAUGGAGGAGGCUGGAUCAUGGUUUUAUGUACACUGUACUGGGGUACCAAGAUAACUUACAGAUUUUAGAUGUAAAUCCUUUGUAGCCUUUUUCUGAACUAUUGACUAGUGCAGCUAAUUAGCUUAUGCAGUGCCUACAUUUUGCUGUUUUCUAUGACAAUAGCAGCAAGAGCCUACCGUGUAUACAGAGCAUAUGCUGUGUCUUCGGCUCUGAAUUUCUCAAUUUUGAAAACUGACUAAAUGUAGAUAUAUUUCACCGGAUGUUAAACAGUGAGAUUCUGAUUGUCUUUACUCAGUUGAGUAUGACGUACAUGUUUCUUAUCAGAAAUGACUUUGAACUCCACAGACACUAUUGGUAAGCUGAUAUUAAAUGAGUAUUUGCUACUCAUGUCAUUGUCUGAUAUAGUUGAAGUCUAGAACAAUAUCGAGUGCUGACUGGUAAGCCUUUUUACUCAGUGUACUUACUCUUCACUUCAGGUAAUUCCUACUUCGUGUUAACCAGUAACAAGUUGUAUGUAGGCAAAUUUGGCUUGGUAUUUACCUAACAGGAGAAGUCAGGUGCUUGUAUGAACCAUACACACUGUGCUGCUGCUGCUGAAGUUCCUCCUCAUUCACUAGCCACAUGCUGCCUCACUGUUAUAAAUGUGGAUGUACUGGCUACAGCAGAACUUGUGCAUGUACGCUGACCGCUACGCCUUGCUUCAGUUGGGCGUCACUCCUGUACACUGCCUGGAACCCUCCUCAGGGAUAAGACAUCCUAUAUCCUGUGGCCAGCAAAACCAAGCCUGGUGUUGUGAAGAAGCCUAUCAGGAAAUGACAGCAAUAAUGUACAUGUCUUUGUCCCUAAUUCCUUAUCACAGAUUACACAUGCCUGCUCAGAUAUAGGGGUAAUUGUUUUGUUAAGAAUUGAUUUUAAGCCGAAAAGCUGUGUUGUAAAUAGUGCUAGAUUUAGAAAUUUCCUGCUCCUUUAGCUCAGAUACAAUUAUGUGCUGAAAUGGUGAGCUGUUGUGCAUAUUGUCCAUCUGUGUGUCUGGUCAGUCUGACUAUUGUAUCAAGUAUAUUGUUAUCUGCGUACAACUGUCGACACUGCUCCUUAAAAUCAUUACCUAACCUUUGGAUGAAUCUGCGAAGUAAGUCAGGAAGCAGCAACUGAGGCUUUGGAUGACCCAGUGUACUAAAUGACAGGAUCAGCACUGAAAAACUGUCCUCUUGUCUCUUGUGUUCAUCAAAGAAUCAGUAUAUACUUAUACAUACAUACAUAUAUAUA